AAUAUAUAAGUGUAGUCGAGGGUCCAGACGAUGUAAUGACGUUCUUCUAUUCUCCCCGUCUUUAUAUCCUGCGCGUUGUUGUUGCCAUAGUUGCUAGAGCUAUUACUUCAUAUCAUCCCUAUAUUGCAGAAAGAGAAAAGAUUGACGUUGCCGAUGGACCUAGCCACUCUCUUCAGCGUUGAUGACAUCGUCGCCGUUAUUACCGGAGGGGGCACCGGUAUCGGCCUCACGAUGGCGCGAGCCCUCGCCCUCAACGGCGCGCGGAAGGUCUACAUCCUCGGGCGGCGUCUCGACGUGCUCGAGGCCGCGGCGCGGGAGCACGCUAGCCUGGUGCCCGUUCGGUGCGACGUGACGUCGAAGGCGGACCUGCAGGCGGCCGUCGACCGCGUUGCCGCCGAAGUCGGGUACGUGAACCUCGUCAUCGCGAACUCGGGCACCAUCGGCCCCGGUGCGCGCUUCGACCCGACGCGGUCGCUCGCCGAGCUGGGCGCCGCCCUUUUCGACGGCUUUGCCAUGCCCGACAUGAACGACACCCUCGCCGUCAACGUCACCGGCGCCUUCUUCACCAUGACCGCCUUCCUCGACCUCCUCAGCGCUGGCAACGCCAACGCCCUCCAAGGUGGCUUCGGCCACCCUGUUACCCCGGCGGCGGUGGCCGCCGGCGUCCCCGCCAUCCAGAGCCACGUCCUCUUCACCACCAGCGUCUCCGCCUUCAGCCGCCACUGGAUCUCGGCGAUCCCGUACCUCGCCAGCAAGGCCGCCAUCGUGCAGAUCACGAAGCACGCGAGCACGCAGCUGGCGCGAUUUGGGAUCCGCGUGAAUGCCAUCGCUCCAGGAGGCCAAUCCAAAAAUAUAGUCUUUCCUUCAGACCUUGCUUCCGUGAUGAUGGCUAACCGCAAGCCGGAGGAGGAGUCGAUGGACGACCAAUUGUUCAUCCCCGCGAAGCGAUUCGGUGGCGAUGAGGAGAUAGCCGGUGCGAUAUUGUACCUCGCUAGCCGGUCUGGGAGCUACUCCAACGGCUCGAUUCUCGUCGCCGACGGUGGACGGCUUUCCGUCAUGAGUUCGUCGUACUAG